AUGAUGAGACCAACGAGCAGCUUGAUGAGGAGUGCGGUCCUCCGGGCCUCUGUGAGACCUGCUGUGCGCAGCUCUGCUAUUGUGACGCUGUCAGCAGCAACUCGAGUCAACGUCCGAAACUUCACCUCUACCCGGAAAUGUCUUUGCGGAAGCUGUGCCAGCUCGAGCGGCCAGGCUUGCGCUCGUCACAGCCGCGUUGUCCCCAACACCAGCACCAUCAACGCGAGCAAGACGGCGGCGUACGCGACAACAGCAGGACCCGAGAUUCCCAAGGAGCAAUGGGCACAAGUUCUUGAGCAAGUUGGCGGUCCUGUUCAGUACAAGCAGAUUCCCGUCCCCAAGCCGGCUUCGGAUGAAGUCCUCAUCAACAUCAAGUACAGUGGUGUUUGCCAUACUGACCUACACGCCGUCAAUGGCGACUGGCCUCUCCAGUCCAAGAUGCCCCUCGUUGGCGGACAUGAAGGUGCGGGCGUCGUGGUCGCGCGGGGUGAGCUCGUCAAGGACAUCGAGAUUGGCGACCACGUCGGUAUCAAGUGGCUUCAUGGCUCGUGCAUGAGCUGCGAGCAGUGCCGGCAGUCAAACGAGUCGCUUUGCUCGACUGCUUCCCUGUCUGGUUACACUGUUGACGGCUCAUUCCAGCAAUACGCCGUCGGCAAGGCGGCCCAUGUUGCCCGCAUCCCCAAGGAUUGUGACCUUGCCGCAGUCGCGCCUAUCCUGUGUGCCGGUCUGACUGUGUACAAGGCCCUCAAGUCUUCCGGUGCCCGGCCCGGUCAGCAUGUUGCCAUUGCCGGUGCUGGUGGUGGUCUUGGUGUCUUUGCUAUCCAAUAUGCCAAGGCCAUGGGUCUGCAUGUCACGGCUCUCGACGGCGGCGAGGAGAAACGCAAGGUCUGCCUUGAGCUUGGUGCCGACACAUUUGUUGACUUCAAGACUUCCAAGGACACCGUCGCCGACAUCCGCGCGGCUUCUGGUGGUUCUGGCCCCGAUGCCGUGCUGCUUCUGGCUGCCAGUGAGAAGCCUUUCCAAGAGGCGAGCCAGUAUGUCAAGAGCAAGGGCACUAUCGUCUGCGUUGGUCUACCAGCCAAUGCUUUUGUCAAGGCCCCCGUCUUUGAUACCGUCGUUCGCGAGAUCAACAUCAAGGGAAGCUAUGUGGGCAACCGACAGGAUACGGCCGAGGCCAUCGAGUUCUUCCGGCAGGGCUUUAUCAAGGCACCAUUCAAGGUUGUCGGCUUGUCGGAGCUCCAGGAUGUGUAUGACUUGAUGCAAAAGGGCGCCAUUGCUGGCCGCUAUGUGGUGGACACCAGCAGGUAG